CCCUUUUCCCCUCAGGUUUCUGACCCUUUUUUGCCUCGCUCUUCCAGUCCUUUUCCCCUCACGUUUCCCACCCUUUUCCCCUCACAUUUCCCGCCUCUUUUUGCCUCGCUCUUCCAGCCCUUCUCCCCUCACAUUUCCAACCCUUUUCCCCUCAGGUUUCUGACCCUUUUCCCCUCACAUUUCCCACCUCUUUUUGCCUCGCUCUUCCAGCCCUUCCCCCCUCACAUUUCCCACCCUUUUCCCCUCAGGUUUCUGACCCUUUUUUGCCUCGCUCUUCCAGCCCUUCUUCCCUCACAUUUCUGACCCUUCUCCCCUCACUCUUCCGACCUUUUUCCCCUCACAUUUCCUGCCUUUUUUCGCCUCACACUUCCAGCCCUUCCCCCCUUACAUUUCCCACCCUUUCCCCCUCACGUUUCCCGCCCUUUUUUCUCUCACCUUUUCCCACCCUUUUCUCUCACCUUUCGCCCUCAUUCCCUCACAGGCUCUCCCGUCUGGAGGCAGCAGAGGCGGCUCCUCGCCCCGGCGCCGCCAUGGACUGGUUCCACUGCUGUCGCUGCUUCCGCCAGGAAGGCGCCCGCUUCGCCAUCACCAACUGCGGCCACAUCCUCUGCGAGGGCUGUGGGGGCACAGGUCCCUGCCCAGUCUGUGGCACCGCCUGCCGCUACCUGCCCAUAUCUGACCAGAUGAGCCCACAGGAGAAGGUUUUCUUCAAGAACCCAGUGGCCCUCGCCCUCAAGCACUUGGACAACAUCACGCGGGUGUGGCGGUUCCAGACGUCACAGGCACAACUCCGGGUGGACUUGCACCGGGACAGAACUCGGCGGGUGCAGGCAGAGCUGGACAAGGCCAGAGAGGAGCUGGGGGAGAGGAGGAGGGAGCUGGAGUCACUUCGCCGGGAGAAUGAGGAGCUGCGCCGCAUGCAGCUCUCCCCAGGCUGGCGCUGGGGCAGCCGCAGCAGCACCCCCCGUCCCUCCCCCACACACUCAGUCACCCCCCAGCCCCGCCGGCAGCUCAGCAGUCAAGUGGUCAGCCGCUCGGCGCCUCUGGAGCCCCCCCAGUCCCACAGCACCCCAGGAUGGCAGGUUGGGGCAGCCUACAGAAAUUCAGGGGCCUCCAGCGUGGUGCCCCCCCGGGCUGGGACAAGCGAGGGACAGGGCUCUGCUCUGCGCCUGCCGAGGGGCGGGCGCUCCCACUGGGAUCUCAACCCACGGCCCUAAAGGACAAACAGGGAUCCGAGGCUCCUGGACAGGAGCUCCGGGGAAUCCCUGGAGGUGG